AUGUCCACCGCCACGGCCGCACGGCCCAAUCUGGCGUGCCGUCGGCGGUUGGGCACCCUGUCCUCGCCGUUCGCAGGUCGAUUGGGUGGCAACCAAGAAUUCACCGUCGACAGAAGUGAUCCGCAGAACGAGGAGCUGUUGAAGAAAGUGCCGGACGCGGCACCGAACCUGACCCUCCAAGAGGCGUUUGAUCUGAAUGGCUUUCGCGAGAUUGGGCUCUGGAAGGCGAGCCUGAUUGAGUUUAUCGGAACUCUCCUUUUCGUCUACGCUUCCGCCUGGGACAGUCUGUCGCCCAACACUCCACCGCCUCUGCCCUCCGAAACGCUCGGCCCCUUCAACCGCGUGUCUUUUAUCGGGCCCUUAGUCGCCAACGUCAUCAACGCAAUCUUGCUCGCACUCCUGAUAUUCUCCUUCGGCGCUGUCUCCGGCGCGCAUUUCAACCCGCUCAUCACCUUGGGAACCUUCUUUGCGAGGUUGACCACGUUUCCGCGAUUGGUUCUGUAUCUCGGCGCACAGAUCAGUGGCGGUACAUUGGCGGGCCUGUUGUUGAGAGCCAGUGCCAACACGCGAGAGUUCAAGUGCGGCGGCUGCUAUCUGUUUACAGAGCAGGGCACACCCGUGAGUAGUGCGUUCACCGUCGAAGUCGUUGGCGACCUGCUGCUCCUUGUAUUGGCAUUCGGAGUCGGCCUGGACCCCCGACAGCGCGAGAUCUUUGGACCUGCGCUAGGUCCUAUCUUCGUCGGCUUAGCCGCAGGGUCGAUGGCUCUGUUGACCGCCUAUUCUCUGCCCGGAUACGGUGGGGCCGGCUUGAACGCGGCAAGGUGUUUUGGUAUUUUUGUGGGGAGUCGGUUUCCGGGCUGGCAUUGGGUACACUGGGUUGCGCCCUUUGUGGCGAGCAUUUUCCACGGCUUGGUUUAUUUUCUGGUGCCGCCCGGCGACCAGAUGGGCGGAGAUGAGCAAACCGUUGCGAGUGCGGGGCAGAAGCUGGAAUCGGGUAAUGGUAAGGCUAACGGGCGGGAGCCCGUGUAA